GUUGAAUAGGACGCGGCGUGAAGCGCUGUAACGAAGGUAAACACGGCGAGAGCGCGGCCGCACAAGACGUCCUCUUCAAAUGGAGGUGAGAAAUGAAGUGGACCAGAGUGAGAUAUCACAACAAGGAGCCGCCAUCGACGAGGACAGGUUGAAGGCGAACCAGACCUCGUCCACGAUUGUGAUCUGUGACUCGUCAACCGAUCAGUCGGUCGAGCCGGCAGAGAUGGAGGAGAAGUCCUUCGUGUCGAGUCUCUAUCAUUUCAUGAAGGGCAGAGGGACGCCCAUAGAAAGGAUCCCACACCUGGGCUUUAAGCAGAUUAAUCUUUGGAGAAUCUACAAGACAGUUGAGAAGCUUGGAGGUUAUGACUCAGUGACAGUGCGGCGUCUAUGGAAGAAUGUAUAUGAUGAGCUGGGUGGGAGCCCAGGGAGCACCAGUGCUGCAACUUGCACCCGCAGACACUAUGAGAGGCUAGUGCUGCCCUUUGAGAGACAGCUGAGGGGGGAAGAGGACAAACCUCUCCCUCCCAGCAAACCGCGGAAACAGUACAAGAGGAAUCUGGAUGGCAAAGUCCGCAAGCCCGCGGUGAAGAGGAAGAGCACACCGUCUGUCACGGAGAUGGAUCCUGAGUCGAAUGCCAGUGGAAGACCAAAGACUGCUGACUACUGUGAGACAGAGACACAUGCUCAUUCCACUCCACGGGCUGUCACCUCCGAUAGGCCUCAUCGAGACUGCUCCCCACCAAAGCAAGAGGCUGACGAUGUUUGCGAUUCAGUCUAUGGCUGGUCCCAGCUUGUCCAAAUCCCUUCAUCUUGCACGUGGAAUGGUCAUACCCCAUCUGCGGCUGGAGAGGUCAUCUCCCCUCUGGAGAAAAAGAAGCGCGUGGCCCAGGCCAGCCUCCAGCUACCGCUGAGCCCACCGGGGGAUGAUAAAGACCGUCCCUCUGUCAUCCACUGCUCUCCGCCUACGGCCUCAGCAUCUACGAGUCAGAACUGCAACUCCUCUGAAGGCUCUCCACUGCCUCUAUCCUCAUCAUCCUCCCGCAGCCCUUCACCCUGCUCUGUUUCAUCAGAGGAUUGUCCGGCGCUCGCUGACUAUAAGCCCUCAUCAAACUCGAAGUUACCCCAAACUCCCUCCAGCAUCACCAGCAAGGCAUCUAGUUGCAGCAAUGAAAGCAAGUCUCUGAGCAGCGGUGCGACGUCAAAACAGCUUUCUGGAGAACAUAAGGAGGUUUCUCACGUUAGCUCCCGCUCACCUAAUGCAGACUCAACCAAAAGCCAGACUAAAGACUGUGUGUGGAAGCCGGCCCACAAAGGUAACGGCAAAAAUUCUGCUCCGUGUCCGCGAUCGACAUCCUCCUGUUUUCAUCCUUCUGUGUUUAGGUCUGAUUGGGCUCCAACAUAUGGCUCCAGUUUCACCAAAGUGGUUCCAAAAAACUUGCAACCUUUUCGCCCCACUCCCUUUCCGCCUGCUUGUUCCCUCCUCGGCCAGGGCAGGCUUAUUUCGUCCAAUGACUCACUGAACUGUGCCAAGACAGUGCAUAACUUGGCUCCGUGGUUCUAUCAGACAGAAAAGAGAGAGAGAUCCAAGACGAUGCCGGCCAAACAUUUUUCUACUCAACAGUCUUUAUCUCAUUCCAGUGCCACCCUGCCAGUGACCCACCCUCCAAUGGGCAGUGACAGGGCAGGGAAAAACUCUCAUCAUGAGCCCCCACCCCAGCCUGCAUUUAUACCCAGCAGAAUGAGGCUACCCUAUUUUCAGCCAGUAUACCAUCAAAUCCCUGUGGGUCCGACCCACCCUGCCAUCACUGGAUCGGCUAUCUACUCGUAUCCAUACUUUUCUACGUGGAGUCCCCAACCCGGAUACACCAUUCCCAGCACGAACUCAGUUUAUCCUUACAAACUUUGAUGUCUUCUAUUAGAGUCAAAACAACAUUAGAAUUCAAACAGAUGAAUUUUUUUUUUACCCACUUCAUUUUUGUCUUGAGGAAGUAGGGCUACAAUCAUUAUGACUUCUUGCUAUGGUGGGAAACUGAACCACUAACAUUCGUUGGCUUACUUGUCCGCCGUAAUGACUAUUUCAGCACGGAGCUCUUGAGUUUUGAUGUUGCAUGACAUUAAGAUGCAUUCGGUUAAGGUAGCACCAAAUUUGUAAUACAGAAAGUGAGGUACCUACCCUAGGCAUUUUAUAAAGAAACUGCUCGGUACAGGAUUGUGCCAAAAAAGUACUGUUAAAGUCCUAUUGUGUUGAUUUCCAACUGCAGUUUGACAAAUUAUACAAGGAGAAGCUGAAGGGUUACACACACACAUGUAUAUGUAUAAAAAGGGUUACACACACAUGUAUAUGUAUAAAAUGUUAAUGUUAAAGUGGCUGUCAAA